CUUGAACGAUUGGUUGCCACGAAAUCAGAUGAUAGCCCACGUGUAUAGCAGAAUGAGGCCGUAGUGAGUCCUGACUAAAUUCAGCCGAGGACACGCCUGCGUUGUCCCUAAUUGCAUUUGCAUGUUAUUUCUCUCUUCUUCAUCUUCAUAUUUCAUCUUCCUUUCCAAAUUCUUACUGUUAUUCCAUUUCCAUCUCCAACAAACUACUCAAAAUGGCGGAGUCCUGUGAAACUGUUGACCCCAAGCCCAACGGAGCAUAUGUCGAAAUCGCCGGAGAGAAAGACAUCGAUGGCGCCUUUCAGUCCACAAAGGAGAGGGAGACCUUGUACGAGAUUCUUCACCAUAUGGGUUCCGCGAUUUUGGUUGCUCAUAAGGGCAACAGUGCACCUCUACUGCAGCGGAUCAAGACUUCCGUAUCUCAGUACGCUCCUCGCAUUCCUGAAGCUUCUAGAAACACCGGUCAGGAUGUUCUUCUCUGGACUCGUCGAGGCAGCCCUCUCCGGGCUCUCCUUGUCAUCUCGGUUGGGACAAUCACUCUUGUUUCCUUGACAGGGUUGUCUGUCUUUCUGCUUUUGGUUCUGGCGGCAACUUUCAAUGCCAUUGUUAUUUCCCUUUUUGUGUCUUUGGCAGUAGCGGGAGGAUUCUUGGCCCUUUUCUUCGCAUCUGUAACAGCUAUAUAUAUUGGAGCAUUAUCGAUAGCCAUAUUUGCUAUUUGCGCUGCUUCAUUCUGGGCAAUUGUGGCUAUACUCAUAACUACAGGUUGGAUUGGAUUCUUCUGCACUUUGUGGUUGGCAACUAGAAAGAGCUUUGAACUGGCUAAACAAUUCUUGACUGUGACUAGCACUGCCGUUGCAAAUUAUGCGGAUGCUCGGCAUCCCCUCAAGAUGGAAAAUUUGGACUCAGAUUGAGGCUCAUUAUGCAUAAAAGGUUUAUGCACAACACCUAUUUUGUAUUGCUUCUGUUUGUGCAUGCUUUUUGAGAAGACACCAUUUCCAGUAGAAAAUAUAGUGUGGUGUGUUGUCCUAUGUCCAUACUCCUGGAUCUUGCAUGCCUAUGAUUUUGUUGUUUUAUCACGAAUGAACGAGAGAUGGUAAGGUAGAUUGAUGUUGUGUGAUCCAGUUGAAUAAAAUUGUGGGGCUUUCUUUCACUCAAGAAAAAAUCCAGCUCACUGUUGUUGUAUUUAUUAAUUUUAUAUUACAUGAGUAUAUGCUGGUGUCGGUGUGUA